GGCCCUUAUCCACUUUAUCGUCUUCCCAGUUGCGAGCUCCAACUCUUCUUCCCCAACGCAAAAGAAAUGGCGAGCCUCGUAGGAUCGCGUUGGCUCCAAAUUAGGGUUUUCUCCGACCUCCAGACCUCCAGAAUCCGCCCAAUUUUCGUCUCCAAACCCUAUCUUUUCAAUAGAAGGAGAAAAUUUUCUGUAUCUGCUUCUUCUUUGAUCGGCGGUCCAUUGGAAGGGCAAGUUAGGGUUCGGUUCGCCCCUUCGCCUACUGGAAAUUUGCAUGUCGGAGGAGCGAGGACCGCUCUCUUCAAUUACCUGUUUGCACGGUCGAAAGGUGGGAAGUUUGUUUUACGAAUCGAAGAUACCGACUUAGAGAGAUCGACAAGGCAGUCAGAGGAAGCAAUGUUGAAUGAUCUGACUUGGCUUGGUCUCGAUUGGGAUGAAGGGCCUGGUGUAGGGGGAGAAUUUGGUCCUUAUCGCCAGUCGGAACGGAAUUCCCUAUACAAGCAAUAUGCUGAUCAAUUACUGAAUUCUGGUUAUGUUUACAGGUGUUUUUGUUCUAAUGAAGAACUAGAACAGAUGAAGGAGCGUGCAAAGCAGAUGCAGCUGCCACCAGUAUAUACAGGAAAAUGGGCCACUGCUUCACAAGAAGAGGUGCAGGAAGAGUUGGAAAAGGGAACACCUUACACAUACCGCUUCCGUGUACCAAAAGAAGGGAACUUAAAAAUUGAUGACCUGAUUCGUGGUGAAGUCAGAUGGAACUUAGAUACACUUGGGGACUUCGUGAUUCUGAGAAGCAAUGGCCAACCUGUAUACAACUUCUGUGUCACUGUUGAUGAUGCCACUAUGCGUAUUUCUCAUGUUAUUAGAGCUGAGGAACACUUACCGAACACCUUGCGGCAAGCGCUUAUUUACAAAGCACUGGGAUUUUCAAUGCCUACCUUCGCUCAUGUUUCUCUAAUUCUUGCUCCAGAUAGAAGUAAGCUAUCAAAACGUCAUGGUGCAACUUCAGUAGGCCAGUUCAGGGAGAUGGGAUAUUUACCUCAGGCAAUGGUGAACUACCUAGCACUCUUGGGUUGGGGUGAUGGUACAGAAAAUGAAUUUUUCACUAUUGACAAUCUCGUUGAGAAGUUUUCAAUUAGUCGCGUCAAUAAGGGCGGAGCUAUCUUUGAUUCGACAAAGUUAAAAUGGAUGAAUGGUCAACAUUUGAGAGCCUUACCAUCAGACAAGCUGAUCAAUAUUUUCGGGAGUCGAUGGAAGAGCACUGGCAUUCUCUUAGAAUCUGAAGGCACAUUUGUGAAGGAAGUAACUGAGUUAUUAAAGGAUGGAAUUGAUUUGGUGCCAGAUUGUGAUACUGCUCUGUCGAACUUGCUGUCUUAUCCCCUGCACUCCACUUUAGCCAGUGCGGAAGGCAAAACUGUUGUGGAAGAUAAGCUUGCUGAUGUUGCUGCAAGUUUGAUUUCUGCUUAUGAGAGUGGAGAACUCCUUGAAGCAUUGGAGGAAGGUCAUACAGGUUGGCAGAAAUGGGUAAAGAGCUUUGGCAAGUCUUUGAAGCGCAAGGGGAAAUCACUUUUCAUGCCGCUUAGAGUGUUGCUCACCGGAAAGCUCCAUGGUCCUGACAUGGGAAGCAGUAUAAUUUUGAUCCAUAAAGCCGGUAAAUGUGGAAUACUCGGUCCGCAAGCAAGUUUUGUUGCAUUGGAUGAGAGGUUUAAAAUGUUGAAGGAGCUAGAUUGGGAAGCAUUCAGCAGUGGUGAACAGCCUCAAGAGCCUGUUGCCGCCGGUGUCUAGUUAAAAAACUUUUUAUCUAUAAAGAGAAGUCUAUGGGUUUGUAUUACAUAUUUCCAUGUAUUCCUUUUUUUUUAUUAUAAUUUAAAUAAUGCCACUGUGAGCGAAGAAUUGUCCAAUAACUUAUAGUUGGUUUUGGUUUUUGUAAUGCGUUUUUGUCAUUCAAAUUUGUUUUAGUGUAUCUGUUUUACGGAUAAUGAUUUAUGUUUGAGUUGGCUUUUGAGUU